AACUUUCUAUUCCUAACCUCAACAACAAUAAACCACCACAAUCUCCACAAAUUUUCUAUUCCUAACCUCAGGAUGUUACAGCGCCUCGCAACUCUGCACCUGGUAGGGCAUCGAGCGAAGGAAUGAAGAGAAACUAAUAUACUCAAUCUGAUUUCCGCGAAUGCUCAAAACAGUUUCCAUGGAUGGCAAUCCAUUUUACCAAGAGGUCACUUGUUCUUCUUCUGGAUAUCACUUGUUCGUUUGCCUGUAAAUCCUGUACCAUCUCUUCUGUGUACCGAAAUCCCCAUAUUUGGUUCCACACCGAUUCCACCACUUUAUGCCACCUCCCGUCCUUCAAACCCGUUCAUAAUGACCCAAUUAAUCCGUACCACCGCUGGGUUUCUUCAGACGCCAGAUAUACACCCACUGAAGAAGACGAGGAAGAAGAAGAAGAAGAUGAUGAUUCGGGUGAAAUCAUUUCAAACAUCAGUGAAGAUGGAAAAGUCAAUGAUGAAGAUGUCAUCCUUAAGAAUAUUGGAUCUAUUAUCGGCCUUUCUAUGCAAGAGGGCAUGUCAGUAUUGAACGACUGUGAAUUCAUUUCUUCAUCAAGUCUGGUGCAAAAACUCCUUUGCAGAACUCAGAGUGAUUGGAGAGCUGCAUUGACUGUUUUUCAAUGGGCAGGUUCACGGGAAAACUACAGUCAUACUAUCAGUGUGUACCAUACCAUGAUAUCAAUAUUGGGUAUGCACAAAAAGUUUAGUGUAGCAUGGGUUUUGAUCAGAGAAAUGCAUGAGAAGGCAAUGGUGACCCACCACACUUUUAAAAUCGUGAUUCAAAGGUAUGCUGCUACUGAGGCGGUUGACAAAGCUAUUAAGACAUUUCAUGCCAUGGAAAAGUUCAAACUUGCUGCAGACUACAAUGACUUCCUUCACCUACUCCGUGCUCUUUGCAGAUAUCAGUAUUUUGAAGAGGCAGAAGAAUUAAUUUAUUUCAAUAAGGAGUACUUUCCACUGGCAACAAAGAGCUUUAAUGUUCUUCUCAAUGGUUGGGGUAACAUUUUAGUUGAUGUUUAUCAGGUGAAAAGGCUAUGGAAUGACAUGUAUAAUCUAUGCAUCACCCCUGAUGUUUCAUCUUAUACUACUAUCAUUUGUUGCCUCUCAAAAGCAGACAGAUUCUAUGAUGUUGUUAGAUUCUAUGACGAAAUGAAGAAGAAAGGUUUCACCCCAAAUCUGAAGGUAUAUAAUGCAGUAAUUUGUGUUCUGGCUAAACAUAAAUUUAUCAAAGAGGCACUGCAUCUCUUUAACAGAAUUCGAGAAAUGGGUUUCAAUCCAAAUGCUGUAACAUACAUCUCCCUUAUUAAUCACCUUUGUUUGGCAUGGGAAGCAGAAGAUGCUUACAGAAUCUUGGAUGAGAUGAUUCAGAAGGGGUUUGUACCAUCAAUUAGAAUAUACUAUUCAUUUUUUAGAUUUGUUAAAGAUGGCGAUGCAAUCUUUGACCUCUUUGAUAGAAUGGAAAAGACUGGCUGUGCUCCUACGAUGGAAUUUUACCUUCUGUCCAUCAGACGGUGUUGUAGUUGGGGCCAAUAUGAGAAUGCCUUUAAGCUGUUGAAUGUUAUGGAGAAGCAUGGCAUCUGUAUCGAUGAUAGUUCCAGCGUCAUUUUACAGAAUGGGUUCUUUCUGAAUGGCAAAUCAGAGGAGCCUUGUAAAUGCUAUAAAGAAAUGAAAGCUGAAGGAUUUUGUCUGGAGCCAAAAGCAGACAAGUUGUUUGAGUCUUGGAUUGCAAGCAGAAGAUAUGCACCUCUGCAACUACACCAGAAUUUCUCCAAGGAGAGGAGAGAUGGAAGACAAUAUAGUAAUACACUGCAUAAAAUGUUUAAUGGAAGAUAGAAAACCUUAAAUACAGAAUGCAUCUUCAAUCUCAAAUACAACAAAGAGAACGAGUAGAGUAUCAGACUCAAGGAUAAAACUUAAAAGAUUUUUAUUUUAUUUUUAUCUACUGUUGUCACCACUCUCAGUUUGGUUUGAGUUUAUUGCUACAAUCAACUGCAUUGUUUGUACUCUUUUUCCUCUUUUAGACCUUUACUUGAAGAAGAUGUGCUUCUGGUCCAUAUCGAAUUUAGGCAGCCAAGAACAAGAACUAAUUGCUUCCGGCCUCAGUGUGAAGGACAUAACAUGCUGUAAAGUGGGGUCUCCAUGAUACUGCCUAAAGUAUGAAUCUAAUCCAUGCAUAUCAAAUGCUCAAGAGAGAUACACUGUCCCUGUCUUUCCAAAGCUUUGCAUGCAGAUGCGGGUAAUCAAAACUUUUCAUGGAUGGUGGAAAUUGGUGGCAAAAAUAAGUUCACCUUUGGAAUAAGAAUGAUAUAUUUUAUAAUAUAAUAAGAAUCAGACAUGCAAAGAGCUUGAGAUUUUUUCGAGGUGGCUCUAGAUUUUGUACCAAUUGAGUGUUUAGAGGAUUGCAAACAUAGAAUGACCUUUAUGGCACAAGCUCAGUCGUUCCAUGACAAUGGUUUUUAAAAUGAAAUUAAUGUCUGUCAAUAUGAGAUGUGUGUGACUUCAACUCGGGUUUACGAUAUCACAUCCUUUGACACAAGAAUAACAGUGCAUUUGAGCUUGAUUUAAAGUAUAUAUUCUCUGAUUCUAUCUUUUGCUGUAGUAAGAAAUAUUGUUUGAAGAAUCAGGAAAAAAAGGAAUUUUAAUAUAAAAUUAAAAUAAUAAUAA